AUGUCCACCACCAACCAACCCAACACCAACUCCUUGUCUUUUCUCCUGAUGGGCAUCCCUGGCCUGGAGACUCUCCACAGAUAGAUUGCCAUCCCCUUCUGCUUCAUGCACCUCAUGACCUUGCUGGGAAACAGCCUGGUCCUCCUGGCCGUGGGGCUGGACCAGAACCUCCAUCAGCCCAUGUGCUAUUUCAUUUCCAUGUUGCCCAUCAUCGACCUCAUCUUCUCCACUGCUGUUGUUCCCAAAAUUUUGGGUGUGUUCUGGUUGGAUUCAAGAGAGAUUGGCUUUGAGCCUUGCUUCAUCCAGAUGUUCUUCAUCCACACCUUCACUGCUGUGGAGCCAGGGGUGCUGCCCAUGUCCUGCGACAGGUACGUUGCCAUCUAACCCCUGGGAUACAGCACCAUCCUCACAAGCUUAAGGACCAUCCAGAUAGGACUGGUGUCACUGGCCAGCCUCCUCGUGGCAACCCUGCUGGUGGGGACUGACUCUGUCUUCUCCUUCUCCUAUGGCAUGAUCCUCAGGUCUGUGGUGAGGCUGCCAUCCCAAGAGGCUCAGCUCAAGGCCCUCAGGACCUGCAGGUCCCACAUUUCCAUCAUCCUGAUGUUCUACCUGGGUGGCCUCCUCUCCAUGCACCUGCAGAUGUUCUCCUUUGACUCAGCUCCUCACGUCCAGGUCCUGGUGGCUGAUUUCUACCUGACAGUCCCUCCCGUGCUCAACCCCCUCAAGUAUGGUGUGCAGAUGAAGCAGAUCCAGGAAGGGAUCUUCAAACUCUUGGGGCUUGGCAGGACUCAGGAUCUCACCAGCUGA